CCGCCGCCCGCCGCCCGCCGCUCCGCCGCCGGCCGGGCAUGAGUUAGUGGGCGACAUGGACACCAAACACUUCCUGCCGCUUGACUUCUCCACCCAAGUGAACUCCUCGUCCCUCACCUCCCCGACGGGCCGGGGCUCCAUGGCCGCCCCGUCACUGCACCCUGCGCUGGGCCCUUCCCUCGGCUCCUCGCUGGGCUCCCCGGGGCAGCUGCACUCGCCCAUCAGUACGCUGAGCUCACCCAUCAACGGCAUGGGCCCGCCCUUCUCCGUCAUCAGCUCGCCCAUGGGCCCCCACUCCAUGUCGGUGCCCACUACGCCCACCCUGGGCUUCGGCACUGGCAGCCCCCAGCUAAGCUCUCCCAUGAACCCUGUGAGCAGCAGCGAGGACAUCAAGCCCCCCCUGGGGCUCAAUGGCGUCCUCAAGGUCCCCGCCCACCCCUCAGGGAACAUGGCAUCCUUCACCAAGCACAUCUGUGCCAUCUGUGGGGACCGCUCCUCAGGCAAGCACUAUGGUGUGUACAGCUGUGAGGGGUGCAAGGGCUUCUUCAAGCGGACGGUGCGCAAGGACCUGACCUACACCUGCCGCGACAACAAGGACUGCCUGAUCGACAAGCGGCAGCGCAACCGCUGUCAGUACUGCCGCUACCAGAAGUGCCUGGCCAUGGGCAUGAAGCGGGAAGCCGUGCAGGAGGAGCGGCAGCGGGGCAAGGACCGGAGCGAGAGUGAAGUGGAGUCGACCAGCAGCGCCAACGAGGACAUGCCCGUGGAGAAGAUCCUGGAGGCCGAGCUGGCUGUGGAGCCCAAGACGGAGACCUAUGUGGAGGCGAACAUGGGGCUGAACCCCAGCUCGCCCAACGACCCCGUCACUAACAUCUGCCAGGCUGCGGAUAAGCAGCUCUUCACGCUGGUGGAGUGGGCCAAGAGGGUCCCGCACUUCUCCGAGCUGCCACUGGAUGACCAGGUCAUCCUGCUGCGGGCGGGGUGGAACGAGCUGCUCAUCGCCUCCUUCUCCCACCGCUCCAUAGCUGUAAAGGACGGGAUCCUCCUGGCCACCGGGCUGCACGUGCACCGAAACAGUGCCCACAGCGCAGGGGUGGGCGCCAUCUUUGACAGGGUGUUGACAGAACUGGUGUCCAAGAUGCGGGACAUGCAGAUGGACAAGACGGAGCUGGGCUGCCUGCGUGCCAUUGUCCUCUUCAACCCAGACUCCAAGGGGCUUUCAAACCCCGCUGAGGUAGAGGCGCUGAGGGAGAAGGUGUAUGCGUCGCUGGAGGCCUACUGCAAACACAAGUACCCGGAGCAGCCGGGCAGGUUCGCCAAGCUGCUGCUCCGGCUGCCGGCUCUGCGCUCCAUUGGGCUCAAGUGCCUGGAGCACCUCUUCUUCUUCAAGCUCAUCGGGGACACGCCCAUCGACACCUUCCUCAUGGAGAUGCUGGAGGCCCCGCACCAGAUGACCUAGGCGGAGUGGCCGCCCACCUGCCUGCGCCCGUCCCUGCCCUUCCCGCCUGGCCUGUGUGGACCUUGGGGCGCCGUGUGGCACUGCCUUCCCGAGGGAUGUUGCCAUCCCUGUCAUCUGUGUUGCCGCUUGUCUGUGGUCCGGGACCAGUGGCUUUGGGGGCAGCCGGCGCAGCUGAGGCCCAGCCGGGGCCCUCCCUGCCAGGGCCCUCCCUGCCUGCCGGGUCUUCAGGUGCCCAGGGGCUGCAGGCCCCAGGAGGGGGCUUGUUUGUUGCUGUUUAUAGUUGCUGGUUCUCAAACCUCCCUCUUGCGUCCCUGAUCAGAGUGACCUGUCUUUGACAGCCGUGAUGGCUCACCCAGGGACAGGGGCAAGACAGGUGGCUGCUAGCCAGGAUCUCACCGCAGGAGGCCCGCUGCCCACCCGCUGGAGCCCAGAGGGGAGCCUCGGGGCGCCGGGCUCCUUUUCACGGAGUGGAGGGUGAGCAGCUUUCCAAAGAAAACUGGUGAGCUUGUGCCAGCCAUCGAGAACACUGAGCCGCUCUCUCCUCAGCUGUCAAGCUGGGGCCACUGUAAAGCCGCAGAGACUGGGGACACCAUCCCUGCCUUGGGGUCCUCUUUGUGUCAUUGUCCUGGUUGCAUCUUCCUGCCUUGUGCACCUGCUCAAUGCGGGGUACCCCAAGGUCACCAGGCAGCAUGCAGGGUGCCCCUGUGUGGGUUCUGCUGACUCUUGUGUUGUGUCAUUGUCCCCAGGAAGGGGGAGGGGCACUGGCUGGGCUCCCUCCAGGGACACACGAGGCCAUCGGGGCUUCUUGGAGAAGGAGCCAUGCGGGCAGGGCGGGGGAGUCUUUCAUCUCUGGCCUCCGCGCCUGUUCGGAGGGCUCUGCAGGCCUCGUGGGCCCCAGUGCAGUGUUGUUUGUGGGUGACGUCUGCCCAGCACCCUAGCUGGGGCUCCGGCUCCCGUGGCUCUUGGAAGCCCAGCCUAGCCAGGGAGCCCACUGCUGGCCGGAGCCCAGUGCCAUGCAUGGCCCAAGUGGGUGGCUGGGUGCCUGGGGACGCGGGGGCAGGGAGGGCUUUGUCCCUCCACAAGCAGCUCUGGCCAGGGCCUGAGUGCCCCUGUGGGGCAGGAGGCUUGCAGGCUGCUGCAGGGGCAGCUGUGCCCGGCUUGGGCUGGUGCUGGCAGAGCCUCACGGGCGCCCAGUCUCGCCCCGCAGCCGGCCCGGUGUACCCCGUCAUCAUGUCACCCGUGUACUGUGUGUGUAGUGUCCCAGGCCCCUGUGUAUCCUGUGGGCAUGUCAGGGCUCCAGCAGAGAAAACCUAAGGACAGAAGACUUCUCAGUGGUGUGUCCCCUCCCUCUCCGGGCCUGGCUCGCUGCCACCUGAAGCCAGAACCCUGAGCCUCCUGGUCCUUGCAGCCUUACCUACAGCCGCUUCCUGUUGCUCUUCUGCGGCCUCUUGUCCCCCUCUUGUCAGUACGCGUCAUGGCCGUUGUGCGUCCAGGGCUGCCUGCCCCUGGGGUGGGCCGUGGGAGACGGGCGGCUCCUUACCAGCCUUCAGCCGUGCUUCCCGUCUGGCGCAGUAAGGUGAUUUUUUUGUAAUUAUUAUUAUAUUUUAGUGGGACAGUCUUUAAUUUUCUAAAGAUAGCACUGACAUCAGCUCCCCGGCCACCUCGUGGCCAUCCCUGCCUUGGCUGGGCCUAGACCUCCCUGCUGCCGUGUCACCUUCCGUGUGGACAUGCACCCUGGCUCCCACGGCUGAGGAGCGAAGAUGACUGGGGACCAGGUGGCCCGCCUGGCCCCCAGAUGGUCCUGCGUCACGGGGGAAGCGUGCUGUCCCCAGGGGACCCUAGGUGCUGGGUGUCUCCAGGGAUCCCAGGCUAGUGCCUGGUGAGUGCCGCAGAGGACACCCAGGUGGGCCGGCCCCAGCAGACG